ACGUUCAGGCCUCACGUAAUGCGGAACCUUCCUGGGGCGGAGCUAGUUUCUGGAAACGCAUAACAAAGUGACACUAUUUGUUCACGGAAGGUCGUGUCCCCUGCCGCGGGGUGAUAGUGUUUUAUUUCGGGGGAAGAGAUGAUGUCUGUAGCCGCUCGGUCCGGGGCUCUGUCCCCUUAUCUGCAGGCAGCGAGACACUCCGCUAAAUGUCUGGUUUUCCCCGGAGCGAAGGAGCCGCUGCCCGCUGCGGCUCCUGCAGGAAUCCGCCUCGCUCACACAGACAUCAAGAUUCCUGACUUUGGAGACUACCGUCGCUCCGAGGUCACAGAUCCCAAAAAGUCAUCGCAGGACAGCAGUGAGGAAAGAAGGGUGUUCUCCUACCUUGUCACUGGAGCAUCCACCGUGGUGGGCGUCUAUGCAGCCAAGACAGUGGUCUCCCAGUUCGUGUCGUCCAUGAGUGCAUCCGCUGAUGUCCUGGCCUUAUCCAAAAUUGAGAUCAAGCUGUCUGACAUCCCUGAAGGCAAAAACAUGACCUUCAAAUGGAGAGGAAAGCCCCUGUUUGUCCGUCACCGCACAGAGAAGGAAAUAGCCACAGAGGCAGCUGUGAACCUAGCGGAGCUGCGAGACCCCGAGCACGACAAGGAUAGAGUGAGUAACCCCAGCUGGGUCAUCGUCCUUGGCGUGUGCACCCAUCUGGGUUGCGUGCCCAUCGCCAACGCCGGAGACUUCGGAGGCUACUAUUGUCCCUGCCAUGGCUCCCACUAUGAUGCUUCAGGAAGAAUAAGGAAGGGACCUGCUCCUCUGAACCUGGAGGUUCCCUACUACGAGUUCCCUGAUGAAGACACAGUUAUUGUUGGAUAAAUACUGGAGCUCAGUCGCCGUUCCUCUCUGUAAUUUUUAUUUUUAAAUGGCGUUGUGAAAGAGUUGGGGGUGACGCAACAUAUGUAUAUUUAAUAAUAAAGAGAUGUGUCCAACCUUA